CAAAAAUAAAACCCAAACGAUGACAUUCUUACACAUACGACAGAAGCAAACAAUCAUUUGACAACUUCCGACCCCACACCUCGCCUUCGCUGCUCCUUGCUGUAAGUGCCCCGGUCCAACUGUCCGGCCCUCCCCUCCCAGCCCAUCGGCCCUCCAGUCCAGUGGGACCAUGAUGCUCAGCAGCUCUGUGGAGGUGCCCAGCCCGGGCGGGAUGAGCGGCCUCAGCGGACUGAGCGCGGCGGCCCGGAACGUGGUGCGCUCCUCUAGCAUUUCGGGGGCCAUGUACAGCCUGGAGAAGAGUCCCGGCAGCGGGGGCCCGGACUCCGCGUCUCUGACUGGCAACAAGAAGCGGCGCUCCAGUCUGGGCGCCAAGAUGGUGGCCAUUGUGGGGUUGUCGCAGUGGAGCAAGAGCACGCAGCAGCUCAACCAGCAAGACGGUGGGACAAAGAAGCUUCGCAGCACCAUCCGACGGAGCACGGAGACCGGCAUCGCCGUGGAGAUGAGGAACCGAGUGACACGGCAGGGCAGCAAGGACUCGACCGACGGCAGCACCAACUCAAACAGCUCUGAUGGAACGUUUGUCUUCCCUACCACCCGCCUGGGGCCUGAGAGUCAGUUCAGUGACUUUCUGGAUGGACUGGGCCCCGCUCAGAUUGUAGGCCGGCAAACACUAGCUACACCCCCCAUGGGGGAUGUCCAUGUAGGCAUGGUAGACAGAGGAGGGCAGCUGGAGGUGGAGGUCAACCAGGCCAGAGGGCUGAUCCCUAAACCGGGCUCCAAGAACAUACCAGCGACCUAUGUAAAGGUAUAUGUCCUGGAGAACGGAGUGUGCUUGGCCAAGAAGAAAACCAAAGUAGUGAAGAAGACUCUGGACCCCACCUACCAGCAGGCUCUGUUGUUUGAUGAGAGUCCUCAGGGCAAAGUCCUACAGGUAAUAGUGUGGGGGGAUUACGGGCGUAUGGACCACAAGUGCUUCAUGGGAAUGGCCCAAAUCCUUCUGGAGGACUUGGACCUGUCUGCCACAGUCAGCGGCUGGUACAAGCUGUUCCCUACCUCCUCUCUGGCAGACCCCAGCAUCGGACCCCUCACCAGACGCCUCUCCCAGUCCUCCUUGGAGAGCGCCACCAGCCCCUCGUGCACCUAGACACCCCAGUAGACACCCACACGCACGGGCACAGGCAGAGUCAUGCAGACACGGACACACGUACUGUAUAUACACAGCGACUGUAUUUGAAGUGCAAGACAGGUAGGCAUACACACACACACACACACACACACAUAUACCCAUGUGCAUCUUUGCAGGAAGACACAUGUGACAUAUAAUAACUGAUCUCAUCCACGUGAAUACACACACACACACACACACGCCACUAUAUCCUUUACUGGACAUUACAGUCUAUAUUCUCACCCACAGGUCAGUGUUUUUAGUUGAAUGAACGGUUAGCAAAUCCAACGUGAAGCAGGCAUAAUGUACCAGAACAUGUAGCAUUUUUCACCCUCUCAUGUCAUUGUUUCCUACCACGACACAACGAUCCACCGGGUGCCAUAUUCUGCAUUCCAAGGUACCAGAUCUCCGUGGCACGACUCAUCCCAGGGCCAUUUCUAAACUCUCUAUGCCAAACUAAGAAAAAAAAAAACUUUAUUUUUUAAAACCAAAGCAAUUGUUAUUGUUGUUAUUAUUACUAUAAGUAGUAGGUGAACUAGUAUACAAUAUAAAGUAUGGAUAUGUAGCAGAGUCAAUGACUUAGAUGUAAUGCAAAAAAAGAAGUUACAUUCUACACACGUGAGCGGUAGGCCAAACACAUAAACAUACCUGGGCAACAGUCUUGGAUGUUCACAUAAUGGCUAUUAUGUGAGGUAGCAACACUGCUAUUCUAUAAUUUUCACAGGGCAGAGUUUAUAUAUAGAUAUACAUAUAUAUAUAAAUAUAUAUAUAUAAAUAGAUAGUUAAAUACUUAUUUGUGUUUACGUAUGUAUCGGCUGCAUUUUGCAUGUUUGCUUGCAACCCUUGUAGAGACAUUUUAAAGUGCUUAAAUCUUUUUAUUUAGCUUGCCUUGACCAAUGU